AUGGAACAAGUCACCAAAUACCUGAUCAUCAUAGCUUCCGUGAUGACUGUUAAGCUUACUGUUACUGAAAGUAAGAAUGAUACCAAGCCCAGAAUAGAUAGAAGGUACUUUCACGUGCCCAUGUUUGUUAACAUCUGUGAUAUAGAAGACCGCAGAUCCAAAGUGCAUUGCUACUGCGACAACAACAAACCUAAAAUGGCCACUCGGGCCGAUUGCUGGGUGUUUGGAGGCGGAAUAACUGAAGAUGAUCCAAUAUGGCCUAAUUUUUCCUCACAAAGCGAAUUGGAGCAUCUUAUCUUCAACGCUAGAUCUGAUGACGCUCUAACCUUUAUUCCAGCGAAAGCCAUUGUCAGAUUAGAUAAACUAAAACAUGUAACCAUACAGUUCGGUACUAUCAAACGUAUUCCACCGUACGCUUUCACCAACUCAUCAACAUUACGACAGAUUGUAUUGAAAUCAACGAAGAUAACGAAACUCGAGAAGCACGCGUUCUCGCGGCUGAUGAUGCUGUCAAACCUGAGUCUGGAUGACAAUCAAAUAGAGGAAUUGAAACGAGAAUCGUUCUACAACCUACCGAAUUUACACAUACUCCACUUGUCGAACAAUAACAUUAGUUUGAUACACGAAGGCUGCUUCAAACACUUGAACAACUUAAUAGAAUUAAGACUAGAUUACAACUACAUAUCAGUAGUGACGCGCGAGAUGUUCGAGGGACUGGAAAACCUCUCCAAAUUGAACUUGAGACACAAUAAGUUAACGAUGAUCGGAAAUUUGGCGUUCACUGAACUGUGGGGCCUGAAAGAGCUGAUGCUCGAUAACAAUGCUAUAGAAUACAUAUCGGAGAGAGCUUUUGGCGGUCUGGCUCAAUUGAGAAAAUUGUGGCUAUCGGGGAAUAGGUUGACGACAUUUUACGAGGACGCUCUCGAAGAUAUGCGGAGUCUGGUAGUGUUGGAUUUAAGAAAUAAUCUGUUGGAAACGAUAUCUUACGAGGCGAUUCGAUCACUGGUCGAGAAUGUUAAAUCAAGUUCGGCUGCAGUGUACUUAGAGGGUAAUCCACUCGACUGUAAUUGCCGGUUGUCCUGGAUAUACGUUUUACGUAACGAGACCCAGGAGAGCACUCUACGACACGCCCUCGACAAAGUAUCAUGUAUCCAGGAUCCAGAGAGCGAUAGACAUCUCAACGACCACGUCGAAGCGACUAACGCUAAAGAUAACGUCUUGGCCGAUGAGAAUUACGAUUAUUAUGACAGAAACGACGACUACGGCCAAAGGAAUAAAUUCAAAACGAAUAACGCCGUCAAACUGUUAGAUAUUCCAUUAGAUACGUUGCCGUGCCCUAAAGAUUUGUUGCAGUCGGUAGAGGAAUCGUACGGACAUCCCGUGCAAAAUGAGAUAAGGCUUAAGGCAUUCUCUGGCGGCAGCUUUCUCUACCAUCGUUCGCUUUUAAUCGUGUUACCGCUAUUGUUUCUCUAAAAACUUUAAUAUAAAUGAAGGUAUUU